GAGUUACAGGUGGAGAAAAAGCACUCCAUCUUCAAGAACAACAGAGCCCUAACUACCCCCAGGAAGCUGAUCUCUCAGGAGGACCUUGCAGGCCAGAACCCUAUCCUGAUUGCCUUUCUAGAGCAUCAAAGCCCUCGUUCAUCAAAACCACCUCAGAGCAGUCCAUUCAUUACCUCAGACAGUCAUGGAGACUACGACUCCUAUACUUCUGGAUUAUCCUAUCCCAAUCCUUACUCUGACCCAGGAAACAAUCAGAUCAGAAUGUUUGGAAGGAGGUGAAGGAGGAGGAGAAGAUGGAAGAAAAGAAGGAGGAGGGAGAGAGGCAGCACCACCCGUGUCAUGUAUCUUGGGUGGAAUUCAAACCCAGGGUGCUGAGCAGGCAGGGCAGGGGCUCGGCUUCGCUCGCUAAACUUCACAGAGCCAUCAGACCACAGACAAGACAAACACCAACACGCUUAAGACUGAGCAGAAAUACAUCUGAAGAAGGCUAAAUCUGAAAGUAAACACAUUGCUCUGUUCUUGACUGCUGCAAAAAAAACGUAAGGAGAAGGAGGUGUUGAUUUUCGAGAAGUGCCAACAAACGGUCAUAAAAGGUAAAGAAGAGCCACUGAUGAGAGUUUUGAAAACAGGUAACGAUUUGAAGGCAGCGUAACAAGUGACAAGUGAAUCUGGCUUAAUAAAUAAGAAUAUUCAAAUUUUACUUUAAUUGUAACUAUAAGCAAGAACAAGAAGAACUAUCAGCGCAUUCUAACUGGGAAAAACAUGGAGCACCUUCCACAGACAAAAGGCAAAGGGGUCUUGAUGUUUGCAAGACGUCGUCAAAGGAUUGAUGAAAUUGCUGCAGAACAUGAGGAGCUGAGGAGUAAAGGCAUGCCUGUGGAAGCGUUUGUGGAACCUGAGAUUGAUGCAAAACCUCCACCUCAGGAGGACAUUCCUCCUGUCCAGCAGAAUGAACAAUUCAAGCAGCAACUAAAGUAUCAGGAUCAUCAAACUCAACAGCAGAUCGUUCAGCAGCCAAACACUGGUAUAAAUGGUCUGGAUUCCUGUCAAGAUUCUUCAGCAUCCAAAGCCCUUGUGUCCAAUAGAACGGCUAAGCCUUUUCCGAGUGGUCUAAAUCAAUCCCCAGCACCAUUUUCUCCUGUUAGAAGUGUCCCAAGCCCAACAAUGAAGAAAUCUGAAAAUAUUUUCAAAGUUCCUGUUCCAGUAAACACAAGCCCACAGGUGUGGUCACCCACAGGAGAUAUAAUCGCCUCUCGUGAUGAACGGAUUGCAGUACCAGCUAUCAAGACUGUAAUUCUGCCGGAAAUGAAGAGAAGAGGAGCAAAUAAAACCAACUCUAAAGAACCUCCAGAGGAAGACUACUUCAGUCUUGGUGCAGAGGCUUGCAAUUUCAUGCAAGCUCCAACCAUCAGACAAAAACACCCUCCACCAGUCCUUCCCAAGCCUACAAUCAACCCACAUUCUUCACCAUGGCCUGCAGAAGAUAAUUCUGCUCACAGUCCCUUUACACCAUCAAGUCCUCUUCCUGCCCAACAGAACUGGUCUCCAGCUCAACCUCAGCCAGCUACCAAACCCUGGGCUCCUUCAUCAACUCAGUCAAUGCCACAGCAGCAUGUGUCUCACCAUUUAUAUAAACCUACCUGGUCAUCAGAACCACAACAUACACUCACUACUGCAUCUCCCUCUCAGUCAACUUUCCCGUGGACUAAACCCCAAAUUGGUAGUAGUUCUGUGGUUUCCUGCCCACCCCAAAGAGCAAGCUCUUAUGUCCGUCCAUCCAAAGCUCCACCAGUUUCUUCAAUCGCAGAAAUAGGGUCCUCUGAAGGUCCAAUCCUUAAGGGGAAAGGUGCAGAACUUUUUGCUAGGCGACAGUCCCGUAUGGAGAAGUUUAUAGUAGAUGCUGAGACUGUCCAGGCCAACAUAGCCAGAGCCUCCUCACCCACACUGUCCAUGCCAAGCACCUGGAAAUAUUCUUCCAAUGUCCGAGCCCCGCCUCCUGUCUCCUAUAACCCCAUAGUGUCCCCUUUCUACCCUCCGGCUGCACAGAAGCAACCUCUUCCUGCAGCUAGCUCAAAUAUGAAGUCCAAAGGAAACAAGGAGAAACCAAAGACAGCAGCAAAGCAUCUCAGUGUUAUGGAUGUGAUGAAGCAUCAGCCGUACCAGCUGGACUCAUCCCUCUUCACCUACAGCUCCAAUGCUGAAGCAAAGGGUUCGAGCCCCAAAACAUCACCCAUUCCUCCUGCAGAGUCCAAGCGAAACCAGGGCUAUAGCCCUAUCUAUCUGCAAGCCUCAUCCCCAAUCCCAUCUACAGGAAGUGCCCAGUCUUUUCAGCAAGGUGCUCUGGCCAAACCCAGUGGACCGAUCUACAGCCGGAGCCGCUCCAUGUCUCUGCCCCGGAGACACUCCUCUGUGUCCACUCUGUCUCCGGUGUCCAGUCCAGGUUUCCAUCCCAGCCGUGGACUUGUGGACAGGCAGAUGUCCUGGGCUGAGCAUCCUGCAGCUCCUCGGAGCCCCCUGUGCCAGGCCAGUGAAGUCUUCAGCCCGGACAAUGUGCAGAAUCCGAUGAGAAGUGUUUUCCACUCUGGUGUUCACAGGAGGUCACUGUCGGAGGAGAAGCCGGUGGUUUACGGUCCACCGUUCAGACCAGCGCAGCCUCUUCCACUCGGCAACACACACACCAUGACCUGUUCUCUUCCCAGGAAUUUCUCCCCUCACUCCGAGUAUUCCCAAACACACCAAGUCAGCUGGAGGAUGUAGAGAAGUGUGAUGCUGUGAUCCUCCUCACGCUCUUCGCUUUCACAGAGCACAUAGACAGAAACGUAGACGUGAAUAUACAGAGACAGGACAUUAGAGAUGCUGCUUGCAGGGUUGAUGGAUGAAGUGAGAGAUGUAGAGUGUGAUUACAGACGCUAGAGCUGGUGCUGUUUAAGAAUUUUAACACAAAGCGGAAAUGACGAUGAAAGAAUCGAAGGAUGUUUGUAGGUUUUAUUAACUUUGCAUGUAAACUGAGCACAAGCUGAAAACACUCAAAUCUACUAGGUUGUAAUGUUUGGGUUUGAAAUUAAUCUUACAGUUGUGAGACAUAUUCAGUGUGAAGUUGGCUUCUGGAGCUACGAGGCUAAUGUCGCUAACAAUUACUGCAGUUACUCGCUAUUUCACGCAAAAUCGUUUAUCUGUAUCUCUGCAUUAAACCACAUCUGGGCUAGAUAUUUACACCCUUAAACCCCGCCCUCUACAUUCUGCCCUCUAAACCCCGCCCACUGGGCCCUGACCUUUACAUUCUGCCCUCUAAACCCCGCCCACUAGGCCCUGACCUUUACAUUCCGCCCUCUAAACCCCGCCCACUAGGCCCUGACCUUUACAUUCUGCCCUCGAAACCCCGCCCACUGGGCCCUGACCUUUACAUUCCGCCCUCUAAACCCCGCCCACUAGGCCCUGACCUUUACAUUCCGCCCUCUAAACCCCGCCCACUAGGCCCUGACCUUUACAUUCUGCCCUCGAAACCCCGCCCACUGGGCCCUGACCUUUACAUUCUGCCCUCUAAACCCCGCCCACUAGGCCCUGGCCUUUACAUUCCGCCCUCUAAACCCCACCCACUAGGCCCUGGCCUUUACAUUCCGCCCUCUAAACCCCACCCACUAGGCCCUGGCCUUUACAUUCUGCCCUCGAAACCCCGCCCACUGGGCCCUGACCUUUACAUUCUGCCCUCUAAACCCCGCCCACUAGGCCCCUCAACUUUAAUUAAUAAGGAUGAAUAAUUGCUGUAACUUGAAAGAAUGUUGAAUGUAAUGAAUCUUAAAUAGCUUUACAGGAAGUUAGAAAUUUCUAGAAUGCACAUUUCAUCGUGUGGAACUGAUGUCACGUUUGAUUUUCCGCUGGUUGUGGUUUUAUUGUGUGAUUCCUCAUCGUCUCAGAAUGAAUUUUAAUCUUUAGUGAAAAAAAGAAAUACUGAAGUCACGUGACCUAAAGGUCUUCGCACAUUUACUGAUUUUUAUUGAUGUAUAAAAGUUUUGCUUGAUAAAGUGACGAAAAGUGGAAAAGUUCGUCACAGUGUGCAGAUCGAUUUCCUGUCACUGAUGUGUGUUUAACAAAUAAUUACGUUACCAUUAAUUACAAAUAAAUAAAUAAAUAAAUAAAUAAAUAAAUAAAUACUACCACUUCAUCUUAA